AAUUGUUUUGAUUUUUCGUCACUCUUCAGUUGCAAAAAUGGAAGCUCUCUACGCCAAGCUCUACGACAAAUACUCCAAACUAAAGAAGAAGAAAUUUUCCGAAUACGAUGAGGUUAAUAGGGAACAAGAAGAGAAAUUCCUUAACUUUGUUUCAGCCUCGGAGGAAUUGAUGGAACAUUUGAGAGGUGAAAAUCAGAAUUUGCUGGAGAUAGUGGAGAAAAUUAGGAAUGAAAUGACUUCAAUCAGAUCUGGCAGGGAUGACAAGUGUUUGGAGUAUCAAAAGCUUCUCAGGGAAGAAGAACAAAAGAACAAAGCACUUUCUGAAGAAGUUGUCAAGCUAAAAGAGCUGGUGAAAGAGGGACAUCCUCGCAACUACGAAGAUCAAAAUGGAAAACAACAAGAGACAAAGACUCCUGAAACUGCUCGAGUUACAACGAGAAGCAUGAGAAAACGUAGCAGACUGUCAGAAGAUAUGGUGGAAACGGAGAUGGUAUCACCUCACAUUAGCAAACAUCAUAAAGCAAAGGAAACUCUCUUGGUUUCUCAGCCACAAUGCUGCAAAACAACCUACAAUGGAUCUAGUUGUUCUGCUAGUUGUACAUUUCAAGCUCUUGGUGAACACUUGCUAGGAAUGAAAUUAUCAACUAAUAAUGAAGGCGAACACGUCUGCAUUGUAGCCUCACACCCAACAACCGGUUUAUCCUUCAGCCUAACUUUUAUAAAUAACCCAACUGGUGAAGAAUCUGAGCUGCUCUACAAGGUUGUAUCGCUCGGAACAUUCCAAAGAGUGGCACCGGAAUGGAUGAGAGAGGUUAUAAAGUUCAGCACAAGUAUGUGUCCCGUCUUCUUUGCAAGAGUCUCGCGAGUCAUUAAGCUCUAUUGUUGAUUAGUACCGUAUGUACAUCUCCCUCCCCUUAUCUUGUGUAGUCAUCUCUGAUGGCCCCUUAGUGUGAUGUUUCUCAAUAGGUAGAAAAGUUAGGGAAGUUAUCAUGUAUCUAUAGAAAUGUGUCUCUCUCUUUAACUGUGGAAUUGGUUUCAAAGAUAUUGUGUCCUUUUGAUGAAUCUGAUUGUAACAAGAUCUUGAUUUGUCCUUUGCUAUCUACACCCUCUCCUCUUGCAUGAUUCCCUUUUUCAUGUUUUUGUAAUAAAUUUGAUCAUUGGAA